AUGAGUGACGUGAAUGACUCACCGCCGUCGUCUGUGGGGCUUGGCAAUUCGCUCAUGUGGGAGAAGGUGGCACUGUCACCACUGGAGGUGCUUUCUGUGCAAUUGGAGCACGAGAUGCAUCUUGCUGAGGAGGUGGCUGCAGCUGCAAGUGCUGGUAAGCAAAACAAGAACGGUGUGGACGUGGAUGCUCAGACCGGCAAGGCUGGAGGACGCGUGAUGAUUGAAGUACUAGAAGCUAAGGAUUUGGCGCUAGAAAAGAGCGCGGCGGUGCUGGCGGUUAGUGGCAAGGCGCACCCGGAAUUGUACGUGUCCACACAGGUAACGCCGGUGUCGGCAUUCGAGAAGACUACGAAGAAGUAUCUGCGCACUAGCAGCGUACAAGCUGUAGAUAGUGCUACUGCUAAAUGGCUAGAAGCGCUUGUGUAUAAUGGAGCUAAAACGAAGAAAUUCGGCAUUAAGGUCUCGCUCAGCAUGAGUGCUGAGGUAAUUGCUGAUGUCGUGCUUGGAGAGCUAGAGCUGCGUAGCACCGAUUAUGAGGAUCAAGUGUCUCAUAAAAAGUGGUUUGACUUGAAGGCCCCAAAGUCUGCUCCUACAGCCGGCGUUACUGGGAAGUUGCUGCUGCGCGUCACUUUUGAGUACUCGAUGCGUGAGCGUCACGAGCGUGAGGUGGCUAGGCUUCGAAAUAAAAAACAUGAGAACGAUGUCGAUAUCGAGAAAUACAAGGCCACUGCACGACUGGUGAAUUCACCAGUACGACACCCUGCUGCAUUUGGCAAGGAGACAGCAAAAGCUGCACUGUACUUACCUGGCAACAAAUUUGUCAUCGAGUCACACCACCCGGCUGCUGUAAGUGUAGCACCUCUGGCAGACAAGACGCGUAUCGUGACUCCGUUUGGACGAGGCGUUGUGGUCUCGUUUCGAUCCGAAACUAAGAUGUACGUGGUGCUAUUGGACACUGAUACUGCGUCAAAAAACCAUACGAUUGCUUACCUGCAGCAAAACGUAGUGAAAGAAGAGCCCGAGGAGCCGCACCUUAGCAUGCACACGAAGGUGGCGACCCCAUACGGUCUAGGCACGCUGGAAGAGAUCCGUCCUCAUGACGACGUCUUGAUCGUCAAGACAGACUACGCACGCAUGUUCAUGCAGCGUAAGGACGUAAAGGUGCCAACAAAAGACAUUUCAGAAAUGACGUUGAAGGAUUUGGUGAAAGAGGCUACCAAGCUCACCGAUGCAGGUAAUGAGGAGUUCCGCAAAGGCAAAUUGCAAGAUGCUGUAUAUAGCUACCUGCGUUCGCUGGGUUUCCUUGAUCGCGUGGACCAGGAUAGUGCUACCCACAAGGAAAAAGCAGCGAUCAUUCAGACAAUGAUUCGCUGCCACCUCAACAUUGCUGCCUGCAAGUUGAAGCUUAAUGCGUACGUCGACGCUGAGAUCGCGUCCACAAACGCCUUGGGCAUUCUCAAAGUAUUGUCCGAGAACCGCGAGGGGAACGUGGUCACGUGGAUGGGGCGUCUGGGUAUGUCGGAGCAGCUCAUGUUUGGGGACUGGCCGUCUAAGGCGCGUUUCCGCCGUGCCCAAGCGUGCAUUAAGCUGAAGAAGUAUAUGGACGCCAAGCAGGAUCUACUGCUGGCGGUGAAGCUGAACCCUCGCGACAAGUCGUGCCGCACGUUGCUUGAUAAGGUAAUCAAGCUGGUGGACGAGCAGAAGCGCAACGAAAAGAAGGCCUGGGGUGGCAUCUUUGACAACCUUGACGCGUCAGCGUCCACUCUCAAAAACGCGACAGCGAGCAGCAAGACGGCGACUAAUCAGAGCAGGGAGAAGUCGAUCUUUACGCGCAAGAGUAAGGCUCAGAAGCAGGAGCAGGCGGCGGCACCAAUAGUCAGGGACGGAGCCGAGCCGUGGUAUCUGACCGCGCGCACGCUGGCCACGGUGUCGGUGGUAACGGCGGGCGUGGCUGCCGUUGCACUGUUGGCCCUGAAGCCCAAGAGCUCAUAA